AUGAAUUCACUUCAAAAAAUUCCCAACCCCUCCAACCAAGCCCUAACAGAGCCCUUGGUACAACUAUCGUCCGAAAAUGAGCUACCCGAAUCCCAAGCGGUAUUUGAAGAGCCCGUCGUUUUUGCCGCAGCAAUGACAAGCCUCCUCCUCCAGGUCGCCAAUCCUCCAGUCGCCCGUGCGAUUGUGGCGCACAGUAGGGUUUUCCAUCGCCCUGUGUCACGCCUAUCAGGAACCAUAGCCUGGAUUUAUCUUAUGAACUUUGGCACUUCUGAUGAAAAGGCAGCUAUUGCUCGGGUUGUAGAUGCCACACAUGGAAAGGUGAAGGGCCCAAGUUACAAUGCGAAUGAUCCUGAGCUCCAAAUGUGGCUUGCAGCUUGUAUAUAUGCAUGCAGCUUACGUGUUUAUGAAGACGCCCUAGGUCCCUUUGAUGAAUUCGCUGCGGACAGGUAUUAUCAUCAAGCAUUCUAUCAUGCGACAUACCUCCGUGUCCCUCGCGAAAUGAUACCAACGGAUCGUCAGUCGUUCUGGGUGUAUUGGAAUAAGCAAAUUGAGCAACUGGAAGUCACAGACGAUGCACAGACACUUGCAGGGAUUGGUUUGUGGGGCCAGGGUGUGCCAUUAUGGGCCUGGCCAAUUCUACCAUUGGUUCGGAUUAUUGCUGCAGAACAUCUGCCCGGCCGGAUACGAGAUGCAUAUGGCUUGAAACGAAAAGCUUUCAUAUACAAUGUUGGAUUUCAAGCUACAAGAUAUGGUAUCAGCUGCGAAAAGCUUGGAAAGGCAGCCUGGAGAGAUGAGAUUCUAUGA